AUGACCUGUGCGAAGGGGAGGCGACCCCGGCUCCCGCCACAGCCUGACGCCAGCUCAACCGUGACGCAUGGCUGGCAAUCCGCUGAGGCGCCCAGCUCACACCCACCCGCAUUGGCACCAGCCAAGAUCCCGCUCGUCCUGACGCCUUCUAGGCUCGGGCGGACCGCGGUGUAUCACGUGGGCCUUUAA